AUGAUUUCCUAUCGCUUGCCAGAGCUAUCUACAGAUUCAUUGGAAUCUUCUGCGACUAACGAUUCUCAUGAUACUCUCAUAGAAAUCGACGAUAAAACAUCCAACGAUAUCAAGAUUUUCGACGCGCAUUCGAGCGUGCUUCGCAAAAGAUGCGAAUAUUUCAAGGUCGCUUUAUCAGAAAAAUGGGCUACAAAGGUUGAUGAUAA